UCAUAAUCUCUGGUGCUCCAUAGACUUUCUAAGGAAAGGAGACAACACAAUGCCCUCAAUCUUGCUUGGUCUGGCUGGCCUGGUGGCCGUGUGGCUUUUGUAUGCUUUGACCAGCUGGAGGCGCCACUGGCAGAGAGCCAAGGCGAGCGGCAUCCAAUGCUAUCUCUCGCCUUGCUCGCCGCAGUGGAUCCCUUGGAAGAUAACGCACAGGAUCUGGAUACCCUUGAUAAAGCUGCUCCCCCAGUCCUCAUGGGAAGCCUGGCUGCCACCCCUGACAGCCGAUUUCUCCUGGAAAUGGCGUUAUGAUCACUUCGACAAGUAUGGGGACACUUUCGUCCUCGUCCAUCCCUUCGGCUUGCACAUGUUCACCGCGGAGGCGAGCGCCAUCAGUGCCAUCACCACCAGGAGGGACCAUUUCCCCAAGCACACGGCAUUAUAUGGUAUUCUGUCGCAGUUUGGUGACAACGUCGUCACUUCUGAGGGGUUGCUUUGGCGCCGUCAUCGCAGAGCCACCGCAGCCUCGUUCAGCGAGCGCAACAUCGCUCUCGCCUUCGCAGAAAGCAUCCGUCAAAGCCUCGGUCUGAUCCGAUUCUGGGAGAUCACCAAUGGUCCUGGUGCCACGCUUCGCACAGUCGAGCGCGACACCAUGCGAUUGGCGCUUAACAUCAUUGGAUACGUGGGCUUCGGGCUCAGGCUGCCCUGGCCGCAGGAGACGAUGCCCGAGGACAACGCCAUGAGUGCCAAGUACGGCAGCGUCGAGCCACCCGAGGGAUAUAAGAUGAGCUUUGUCACCGCAAUAGAGACCUUGUUGGAGAACGCCCUGACGCUUCUUCUCGUACCCUCGUGGCUCUUACGGCUUAUCCCUUACGAGGGGGUCCGCGAGGCUGUGCGGUCGCGUCAACAAUAUGAACAAUUCAUCAACGAGUUGAUGGAGGCCAAGAUCGUGGACACCUCAAAGGGCGAGCGCACCGACGGGGGCAUGGACAUCAUGGGCCAGCUGGUACGGUCGUUCUGCCAUGUCGACUCCACUAGCAGCCCCCCACGCGAGGCAGAACCCGGCACUGUUCGAACCCGUGAAGAGAUUCGAGGCAAUGCUUUCGUCAUGAUUGUGGCCGGCCACGAGACGACCGCGAACGCAAUCCACUUUACCCUCAUCCAUAUGGCCAGCUGCGCCGCCUCGCAACGUCGACUCCACAGGGAGCUAGACGAGCUGCUACGUGACAAGAAAGUGGAGGACCUGGACUAUGAAGGGUACUUCCAGCCUCUAAUGGGAAGCAUGGUCGGUGCCUGUAUGAACGAGACUCUCCGCGUUCUCCCUCCAGUCAUCGAGAUACCCAAAGUCGCGACACCGGACCGAGAUCAGCCCCUUGUGGUGGACGGGGAGGUCUGCAGCGUUCCAGCCGGUACUGCUAUAACGCUAUCAGCUGCAGGCGUCCAUAUGAACCCCAAGCACUGGCCUACCGAGCCGAGCCGCUUGCGCCCUAGUCAGCAUGACCUACUAGACUACGUCCCUGAGCGUUGGCUCCGCACGAGCGACGAGAAGCUUGACGCCCUCGCUGGUCAGCCCGAGGGCCAUGGCAGUUGCAAGGGGCGUGAAGCAGGUCCCUGGUUGUUUCAGCCCGAAAGAGGCGCUUACAUCCCGUUCAGUGUCGGCGCUCGAGCCUGCCUCGGUCGCCGCAUCGCGCAGGCCGAGGUCGUGGCCGCCCUGACGGUCCUCUUCCGCGAAUACAGCGUGGAGCUAGCCGUCGAUGAGUGGGCUACCGAUGAAGAGGUAGAAAGAAUGGACAGGCAGCAGCGGAGGGAUCUCUACCAAAGAGCAGUUGACAAGCGCGACGCGACUAUCAGGAAGGCGAGCUCGCUGCUGACGCUCAAGUUGCGGGGUGAUGGUGUUGCUCUCAGGUUUGUCAAGAGGGGCGAAGAGAGAUUUGUCGACUGGCUAGGACUACCCGACAGUCCAUGAUUUUGGCGGCCUCCUCCGGGCUGAAUAUGCGUCGUACCACGCUCCGUGUAAUCAAGCCGAACGUCUUAAAAUGGUGGUCUAGACCCUUGAAUGUGCCAUGGAAGACGCAACGGGGAGAGAGUCAGGGAAACAUUGUCCAUAGUCCGAAUCACAUCGUUGGGAGGUCACGGUGAGGAUACAACCAGGAACACGAAGCUGGCUGAGUGAUGAGCGGGAUGGUGGUUUCUAUACGUCAUCGAGAUCAACAGCCAUUGUCGUUUUCUCCGGGCCACCUAGACGGAGCGCUUCCCUGGAUGGUGGCGGCCCGGCCUCAUGUAAUGUGUCUCGUUUCGCGGACUUUAGAUGCGGACGGCGUUAAUUCAAGACGACUACUCUGCGAAAUACAUAAUACG